AGAGCUGUGUGUCUCCCGCGACAACACCUUUGUCGAGAACAUCUUGGGAGGGAGCUGGAAUCUCUGUCCUCCAGGACGCUCCCUACCACAACUUUUCUAUAAGUUCUGUGAUCAACAUGGGGGACUCCCACAUGGACACCGGUGCCACCAAUGCUGAGGCAGUUGCCGAAGAAGUGUCUCUCUUCAGCAUGACAGACAUGAUUCUGUUUUCUCUCAUCAUUGGUGUUCUAACUUACUGGUUCCUCUUUAGAAAGAAAAAAGACGAAAUACCAGAGUUCACCAAAAUUUCAGCAACGACCACCUCUGUCAAAGAGAGCAGCUUCGUGGAAAAGAUGAAGAAGACGGGGAGGAACAUCAUCGUGUUCUAUGGCUCCCAGACGGGGACCGCCGAGGAGUUCGCCAACCGCCUGUCCAAAGACGCCCACCGCUAUGGCAUGCGGGGCAUGGCGGCGGACCCCGAGGAGUAUGACCUGGCCGACCUGAGCAGCUUGACUGAGAUAGACAACUCUCUGGUGAUUUUCUGCAUGGCCACUUACGGUGAGGGGGACCCCACCGACAACGCCCAGGACUUCUAUGACUGGCUGCAGGAGACAGACGUGGACCUCUCCGGUAUCAAGUACUCGGUGUUCGGCCUGGGGAACAAGACCUAUGAGCACUUCAACGCCAUGGGCAAGUACGUGGACCAGCGGCUGGAGCAGCUUGGAGCACAGCGCAUCUUCGAGCUGGGCCAGGGCGAUGACGAUGGGAACUUGGAGGAGGACUUCAUCACGUGGCGAGAACAGUUCUGGCCGGCUGUGUGUGAGUUCUUCGGGGUGGAGGCCACUGGAGAGGAGUCCAGCAUUCGACAGUAUGAGCUCGUGGUCCACACGGACAUCGACAAGGCCAAGGUGUACACAGGCGAGAUGGGCCGUCUGAAGAGCUAUGAGAACCAGAAACCCCCCUUUGAUGCCAAGAAUCCGUUCUUGGCUGCGGUCACCACUAAUCGGAAACUGAACCAGGGUACUGAGCGACACCUCAUGCACCUAGAAUUAGACAUCUCAGACUCCAAAAUCAGGUAUGAAUCUGGGGACCAUGUGGCCGUCUACCCAGCCAACGACUCCAGCCUUGUCAACCAGCUUGGGAAGAUCCUGGGUGCCGACCUGGAUGUUGUUAUGUCCCUGAAAAACCUAGACGAGGAGUCCAACAAGAAGCACCCGUUCCCCUGCCCCACCACCUACCGCACGGCUCUCACCUACUACCUGGACAUCACCAACCCUCCCCGCACCAACGUGCUGUAUGAGCUGGCGCAGUAUGCCUCUGAGCCCUCCGAGCAGGAACAGCUGCGCAAGAUGGCCUCGUCCUCAGGCGAGGGCAAGGAGCUGUACCUGAGCUGGGUGGUGGAGGCCCGGAGGCACAUCCUGGCCAUCCUGCAGGACUACCCAUCCCUGCGGCCGCCCAUCGACCACCUGUGUGAGCUGCUGCCACGGCUGCAGGCCCGCUACUACUCCAUCGCCUCCUCUUCUAAGGUCCACCCCAACUCUGUGCACAUCUGUGCUGUGGUGGUGGAGUAUGAGACCAAGUCAGGCCGGAUCAACAAGGGCGUGGCCACCAGCUGGCUGCAGGCCAAGGAUCCGGCCGGGGACAAUGGCCGCCGGGCCCUGGUGCCCAUGUUUGUGCGCAAGUCCCAGUUCCGCCUGCCCUUCAAGUCCACCACGCCGGUCAUUAUGGUGGGCCCUGGCACUGGGGUUGCCCCCUUCAUAGGCUUCAUCCAGGAGCGGGCCUGGCUGCAGCAGCAGGGCAAGGAGAUUGGGGAGACACUGCUGUACUAUGGCUGCCGCCGCUCUGAUGAGGACUACCUGUACCGAGAGGAGCUGGCCCAGUUCCACAAGGAUGGCGCCCUCUCCGGGCUCAACGUGGCCUUCUCCCGGGAGCAGGCUCACAAGAUCUAUGUGCAGCACUUGCUGAAGAGGGACAAGGAGCACCUGUGGAAGCUGAUCCACGAGGGUGGUGCCCACAUCUACGUCUGUGGGGACGCACGUAACAUGGCCAGGGAUGUGCAGAACACCUUCUGCGACAUCGCGGCUGAGCUUGGAGCCAUGGAGCAUGCCCAGGCGGUGGACUAUGUCAAGAAGCUGAUGACAAAGGGCCGCUACUCCCUGGAUGUGUGGAGCUAGGAGCCACCUCACACCUCCCUGCACACCAGACUCCGCCCACCUGUGAUCUGUCCUCACUCCCUCCUCCAGCUCCUGGUGGCUCCUGCUCGGCCUGGCCUGGGGCCGGGCCCACGAUAGAGACUCUUUCAGGCCUGAGAGGCAUCCCCCCGCCCGAGCCAAGGUGGCCUCCGCACAGGCAGCCCGCCACAGGACAAGGGGUGUGGGGCCUACACGUGGUGACACCAUGGGCCUUGGCAGCUGUACAGAAGGGGCUGUUUGCAGCUGAGCUGGGGCUUGGCUCCACCACUUGAUUUUGAAUGUGUAAAUAAUUUUAAAUAAUCUCUGGCCCUUGGAAUAAAAUUGUUUUCUGUA